AUGGAGGCUUUCUCGACGCUGACGGAGCGUUCGCCGCCGCUGACGGAGCGUUCGCCGCCGCUGACGGAAGUUUCGCCGCCGCUGACGGAAGUUUCGCCGCCGCUGACGGAAGUUUUGCCGCCGCUGACGGAAGUUUCGCCGCCGCUGACGGAAGUUUCGCCGCCGCUGACGGAAGUUUCGCCGCCGCUGACGGAAGGCUCGCCGCCGCUGACGGAAGAUUCGCCGCCGCUGACGGAAGAUUCGCCGCCGCUGACGGAAGGCUCGCCGCCGCUGACGGAAGGCUCGCGGCCGCUGACGGAAGGCUCGCCGUCGCUGACGGAAGGCUCGCGGCCGCUGACGGAAGGCUCGCGGCCGCUGACGGAAGGCUCGCCGCCGCUGACGGAAGUUUCGCCGCCGCUGACGGAAGGCUCGCCGCCGCUGACGGAAGGCUCGCCGCCGCUGACGGAAGGCUCGCCGCCGCUGACGGAAGGCUCGCGGCCGCUGACGGAAGGCUCGCGGCCGCUGACGGAAGGCUCGCGGCCGCUAACGGAAGGCUCGCCGCCGCUGACGGAAGGCUCGCCGCCGCUAACGGAAGGCUCGCGGCCGCUAACGGAGGCUGCCACGCCUUUUCUAAAAGCCUUAAGCCCGAACACUAAAAGGACUACCAGGAGGCCGGAGACGCCCCACCAGGGCAGCAAGGACACCUGCCACAGGUGUCGACCAGACCACGACUGGCCGCCUGCGUCUGCCAGGAGACGCAGGAGGAGGUUGUCCCCUCCCGCAGGCGCCAGCAUCUCCCAUGCCGCAGCCUGA